AUGGCAGAGAAGACCAAGAAGAAGACAAUAGUCUUUUUCCACCCCGAUCUUGGCAUCGGUGGUGCUGAGCGGCUGGUGGUGGAUGCAGCGGUUGGCCUGCAAAACCGUGGCCACAAGGUCGUCAUCUUCACAAGUCACUGUGACCCCAAGCAUUGCUUUGAUGAAGCGCGCGAUGGUACCCUCGAUGUUCGUGUCCGAGGCAACACCAUCAUCCCGCCCUCCAUACUCUCCCGCUUCUCGAUUCUCUGCGCCAUUCUGCGCCAGCUCCACCUCAUUCUUCAGAUCUACGUGACGUCGGAGCUCUCCUACCUCCAGCCCGACGCCUUCUUCAUCGACCAGCUCAGUGCCGGGCUUCCCCUCCUUCAAUACCUACAGCCUAAGACUCCGAUCCUCUUCUACUGCCACUUCCCCGACCUGCUCCUCGUGCAGGGCCGCAAGAAGUGGUGGAAGCGCCUGUACCGCCUGCCGUUUGAUACUCUGGAGCAAUGGAGCAUGGGCUUCGCCGACGCGGUGGCUGUGAACUCGAAAUUUACAAAGGGCGUGGUGUCGCGGACGUGGCCGACGCUGGCAAGGAAGAAGGAUCUAAAAGUGGUAUACCCUUGCAUCGACACGAAGCCGAAGAAGGACGCCGCGGUGGAGGAUGACGAUGGUACACCGGUCUGGAAGGACAAGAAUAUCAUUCUGAGCAUCAACCGGUUCGAGCGCAAGAAGGACGUCGCGCUGGCGAUCAAGGCGUUUGCGGGACUGCCCAAGGACAGGCGGAAGGGCGUGCGGCUCGUCGUGGCUGGCGGCUACGACAACCGCGUCGCCGAGAACGUAGGCUACCACAGCGAGCUCGUGCAGCUCGCCGACGCCCUCGGGCUCCGCAGCGCGACGACCAAGACGCUCGUCGCGGCGCUCCGCGUGCCCGCCGACACCGAGGUGCUCUUCCUCCUCUCGGUGCCCAGCACGCUCAAGAACGCCCUGCUGCGCUCCGCCCGCCUGCUCGUCUACACGCCCGCCAACGAGCACUUUGGCAUCGUGCCCCUCGAGGCCAUGCUCGCCGGCCUGCCCGUGCUGGCCGCCGACACGGGCGGCCCCACCGAGACCGUCGUCGACGGCGCCACCGGCUGGCUGCGCGCCCCGGCCGACGUGCCCGCCUGGACCGCCGUCAUGGACGCCGUGCUCAACCGCCUGCCGCCCGCGCAGCUCGCCGCCAUCUCGCGCGCGGGCGAGGCGCGCGUGCGCGCCCACUUUGCCGACACGAAGAUGGCCGAGACGCUGGAGGGGAUCGUGGGCGAGAUCGUCGCUGCGCGUGCGCGGCCGCGGCCGGCGCGGGCUUCGGCUUCGUUCCGCGGCGCGGGGGCUGCGCUGGGUGCGGUCGCGGUCGUGCUGGUUGCUGUGCUCGGCGUUGCGGUGCGGUGGCUGUCGUGGCCGCCCGUGGCGGCUUGA